ACACACUGACCAUGGCAUCUGAAAAGCCGAUACUUUACAGCUAUUUCCGAAGUUCCUGCUCUUGGAGGGUGCGAAUCGCACUGGCUCUGAAAGGGAUUGCCUAUGACGUGGUGCCUGUGAACCUCGUGAAGGAUGGAGGACAGCAGUUUUCUGCUGAAUUCAAGGCAGUGAAUCCAAUGCAGCAAGUCCCAGCCUUGAAAAUUGAUGGCAUCACCCUUUCUCAGUCGCUAGCUAUAAUUAAUUACCUAGAAGACACUCAUCCUACACCCAGGCUCCUGCCCCAAGAUCCAAAGAAAAGAGCCCAAGUCAGAAUGAUCACAGAUCACAUCGUUACUGGCAUUCAGCCACUCCAGAACCAGGGUAUCCUGAAACAGAUGGGGGAGAAAAAUAUGGAAUGGGCCCAGAACUGCAUCGGGUUUGGCUUCCAAGCACUGGAACAGAUUCUGAAGCACACUGCUGGGCGCUACUGUAUGGGGGAUGAAGUUUCCAUGGCUGACCUGUGCUUGGUGCCUCAAGUUUACAAUGCUGAAAGAUACAAAGUGGACAUGGACCCAUAUCCCACAAUAACCAGAAUAAACAAAGCUCUCUUAGAGUUGGAGGCAUUCAAAGUCAGCCACCCAUCCAGGCAGCCAGAUACUCCUGCAGAGCUGCGAGCAUGAAGCCCUUCUGCUCAUUAAAUCAAGUAAGCUGGAGUGUCAAAGAGGACAACAGCUACAGUUUGAGUAGGACUUCAGUGCCAGCAGGAAGCCCUCGUGCU